AUGAAAGCACCUUGGUACGAUGCGAUGAGUGUAGAGCCUCUAGGUAUCUUCUCAGAACGAGACCGAAAGAAGCACGCUGAUCGCAGACGGUUGCUUAAGCCAGCAUUCGGUCAAGCCGCCAUCAACGAAGUCGAGCCCACAAUUGAUAUGCUCGUGCUCAAGCUCGUGAAUAGAAUUCUGGAGGCAAGGGAAAAUCCUGUCGACGUACUGUCGAGCUUCCGACGACUGUCUCUUGAUGUCGUCGGCGAGUUGUUCUUUGGGCAGUCCUUCAAAGCUCUAGAUGAUGAUCAGAUGCCUCAAUUUCUAGAAUGGAUGGACAACCAAUUCGUCAGCCUUGGGAUCAAGUAUGCUUUUCCCCCUGUUCACUGGCUAUUGCGACAGUUACCUUUCGAGGGCCUGCGUCAGAUGAUGCUAGGCCCUGAGCGUAUUCGCGAGUAUGGACGUAAAACCUUUGAGCAAUACAUCAACGAGAAUAGCAGGGAGUCCACGCGUCGUGACCUAUUGACCAAGUUUCUGUCUGCCAAUCUGGCCGCGGAGAAGGCAGGAGAGAGCGCCGUACUGGGCGACCUCGAGAUGCAGUGCGAGAUAGGCAAUUUGAUUUUCGGCGGUACUGACACCACAAGUACGACACUUACUUAUUUAUUCUGGGAGUUGGCCAAGCAUCAAGCUUGGCAGGAUCGCCUGCGGGAAGAAUUGCUGGCCAACGUGAAAUCGAACGACAUUCCCAAGAUGAGUGCUUUGGCUGACCUUCCCAUACUCGAUUCAGUCAUCAACGAGAGCUUGCGACUACACCCUGCAGCGCCAGCGAGUCUUGUAAGAACGGCACCAGCUGGGGGCCGAGUGAUCGAUGGACAGUAUGUUCCCGAAGGCGUGAGUGUCCAAUUGUUUGUCUCGAGCCCGACUCAUAGGUUCCUAGACCAUCGUAUCCAUGCAAUGCUACACAACUCAUAG